GUGGAAAAUCUGACUCGUAAAGCCCAACUUCAGGAGUUAGAGCUGGAAAGAACUACUAAACAACUAAAGGAUGCGAUAGCAAUUGCACGGGAAGAGACUGCAAAAUGCAAAGCAGCGAAAGAAGUGAUCAAGUCACUUACUGCCCAACUGAAGGACAUGGCUGAAAGGCUGCCCGUGGGCACAGCUCGAAAUGGCAAAUUUCCUUCCUUCACUUCCUUUGGCUCCAAUCCUGCUACCAUGGAUGUUUCAAAUGCUUCUAUUGACCUAGUGAAUGGUCAAACUAUGCGCCAAGAACUGGAUUCAAAUGGAUCAAAUGGCCAAUUACUUUCUAAUGGGUCAAGCACUGCUAGUAAAGGCAGUUCAGGUCACAGCAGAGCAGGACAUUCAGAUGGAACAGCAAGAAGUGGAAGCCGAAUGAAAGAAGGUGAUCCUCGGAAUGACAAUGAAUGGGUUGAGCAAGAUGAGGCCGGCGUUUAUAUUACACUCACAUCCUUACCUGGAGGUGUGAAGGACCUUAAGCGUGUUCGCUUCAGUCGCAAGCGCUUUAGUGAGAAACAAGCAGAACAAUGGUGGGCGGAGAAUCGGGCAAGAGUAUACGAACAAUACAACGUGCGCAUGGUUGACAAGUCAAGCAUUGGUGUAGGGAGUGAGGAUUUGGCGCAUUGACAUUGUUGGAACAUCUUAUGUAAAUGUUCUAUUUUUUUUUCAUACACUCGUGCUUCAGCACUGGGAAAGUGAUAUUUUGAUCAGUUAGGUCUGGCUUUCAUCAUAUUAAGCAUUGGAAGUGAGGGGGUGCCGUAAGAGGGGAGAGAGAGAGAGUAGAGAUUUCUUUUCCUUUGGCUUUGUCACCUAAUUUUGCUCUUUCAUUUUUUUCACUUAAAACACGUAUGGUGUGGAGGUUGAGAGGUGGGAAAUGUAAAUUCUUGGAGAUGUGCUUGCUCCUGUUGAAAGCAACAGCUUUGUAAAUUUCCAUAAGCGAAUGCAUUUUCAG